UGCUGUGCUGUCAACUUAUUCUAUUGUGGCUUUUAUUUUUAUAAGUUUUAAUGGAAAUGUUAAAACAUUUCAAGUUGUUUUGUUCCUUGAUAUUGUUAUGUUACGUUCCUUGCUUUUCACAAGAACUACUGUAUUCAACACCAGCAAAUCCUUGGUCGGAAAUGAUUGAAAUUACAUGCCUCGAACUCACCGGAUUUAAGAAGGUGGGCGAUGAUGCAGCGUACUCCAGGGAGAUAGAGGUGAAGAGCGGACACCAUGUCUCCCUACCGUGCUCCUACUGCGGGUCCGACGACGAGAAGCUGCCCAGAACAUGGAUGAGGAAACUUCGAGCGGUCAACUCUACGAUGGAGGAGUACGGCGUGAGCCCGUUGUUCAAUUUCUCGCACAUUAAGUUCGAUCUUUACCCUAAUCACACUCUGGCCAUUUAUAACGUCGAGGCGUCAGAUGGUGGGCUAUACAUAUGUGCAGAUCUACUGGCGGACAUGCAGUACAUGUUCAAGUACAGUUUAGACGUGAUCGAAUCCGACAUCUCCGUCGUAACAGCAGACACCAGUUCUUGGGAGGCUUACAAUGCCGAUACGAUUACCUCGGCUACUGAGGAGAUUUACUACGAUAAGAGGUUCAAGGAGUUGUUGGAAAAUGUAAAGGUGAAAGUGGUUAGCGAGUGGGAUCCUUGGAUGCCCUGCGACGGCUGUGCGGGAGUCCGCCGGAGAUUCGCAAAAUGCAGAGUCCGGACAUCGCUGAAAAACGCAAACCCCGCAAGCUCUUCAAGUGCUAACCUGACCGACUCGGAGUUGCUUUUAAUCAACAGUACUGGGAUCUCGUGUCAUUCCGCGUUCCUGGCCGAGAGGUUUCCUGACCUCGGCUCCCUCACCGGCAGUUUACCCGACUACGUGGUGACUCAGAAGUGCUACGACAGUUGUGUCAGAAAUGAAUGGAAAGUGAUGGGUCUAAAAGCUAAGUACAUCCUUAAUAUAAAAAUGGAGCUCGGAUCGUCCUUGUCUUUCGACUGUCCAGAGACCGUCCUGACGAGCAACAUUAUCUGGAAGAAGAAUGGACUCACCAUCCAUCCCAUCACGUUCAUGAAAACAGAAAAAAGCAUAAAGAAAUAUUUGAAAAAUAUGUUCAAAAAGAACGUAGAGUUACCCCACGAAUUUGUCGACCACAUGAAUAUACUACAGUUGAGUCAGGUUCAAUUCGAGCAAACCGCAGACUAUAUGUGUUUCGUGGACAAAUCCAUCAUGAAGGUCAUCCAUGUCAACGUCACAACCCCGUGGGAAACCCUCAGAGAACGGCACUACAAUUUCUGGCUGCUCUCCAUAUAUACAUUUUUAGUGUCAGCAUCCAUCGUGUCAAUGGCUAUCUUAUGGGCCAUACUGAACCGCCACCUGUUUAUUUCAACAACAGAAGUUAUAUAAGAACAGGAAUUAACAAGUGAAGUGUGCCUGUAUGAUAGCAAGCAAGAAUCCAGCCCAUAUAUACCAUUAUACCCUUCCAAAUAAACUGAAGACUGGUCGGUCUACCCAACCAUAGUCCUUUGUCCAAUAAGAAUGAAUAACCAAAUAGGAAUCUUCAAGUAAUUGAUGUCACAACUUAAAAUCUUCAGUUCCGAAGAGUCAGAUACAAUAAGCAAUUAUAUGCUCAAUAUGUAUUGUUUUUUGUCAAGUUCUCCAUGUAUAAAAUUAUGUGAAAAUACAUUUAUAUUUUGGA